GCGGUCUCAGUCCCGACUUUGUGUUUCUGUUCUUCACAUCACUCUACAUGAAGAUGGUCGAUACAUGAUCCAUCACCUUCCCCUCCACCGCUUGAUCUGUGAUAUUCAAAUAGACACUCAGCUCCGUUCCGGGUUGACUUAAGGAGGCGAAGAAUGAUCUCCAGUACUGGCAGUCUCGUCUUCUUUCUUUGUCUCUCUUUCUUCUCAACAACCGCUGCUGGUUCAGCAUCACCUGUCUCCGAGCGAGACACCACCACCUUCACCCUCGACGAACCACUGCUUGCCGUCCAGAUCGGCGGAAUCAUCGCCGCCUAUCUCUUCAGCGUCAUCUUCUUGCUGAGUCUCCUCCUCGUCGUCGGACGCCGUCUGCGCCGCGCCGUCCUCUCCUCCAACUUCUCCCUCCAAGUCCAAAUGAUGCAACCCAUGAAACCACCCCCCAGCAUGGACCCCAGCCCCGUCACCCCGAUCAGUGUCCACCUCCCCAGUCCCGGGGGGAUUGGGCCUGGCCCAAUCCCCCCGAUGCCCGGAUAUACCACCAACACCGGUACUCGUCACAGCAACAACAACAACCGCUCCUGGAGCACCUUCAGCAAACACAGCGGCUCGCACAAGAAGUCGCAGUCCCAGCUCUCCAACCCGAGCAGCAGCAUCAGUCUGGCGACCUUCGACGACGGCGUCGUCGCCUCCGACCGCCGCAAAGCCCAGGAAGACCUGGAGAUGCUGUAUGCGGCCGUGAUGGAGCACGACGAGAUUAAGGCAGCCAACGGCGGCGGCAGCAGCAGCCCGCAAGACCGCAACGUCUCGCCCACGGAUACAGUGAACAGCAACCCGUUCAUCGACCCGCCGGUGGCGCCCGCGCAGGUGCCGACUUCGCCUCGCACGCCGUCUCGACUGUCGAGGAUCUCUUCCUCAUUGUCGCUUUUCUCGAGCAGUCGCGACCAGUCGUCGACCUCGCUCGCCAACCCCAGUGCUGCAACUGUCUCCUCUCCCAAGGGAGCCAGCGGACGGGGACUGGGACUCCGCUCGCCGCGUCUGGGGCUGCCCCUGCGGAAGAUGUCGAUCUCCUCACCGAUCACCUCGCCGCGGAAUCACGCUGCGCGAGAGAACGAGGACGAGGACGAUCCGUACGCGCAUUCGCCGCUAACGCCGAGGAUCUAUCACCCAGCGCCGCCGCCAGUUCCGCCGUUGCCGGCGCAGAUGCAUGUCGGCGGUGCACAAAGACCCGGCGCACGGAGACAAUUCACCCACCCACCACCACCGCAGCAACAAGAGUACCAGUACCAGCAUCCAGACCCUUACAACACAGACGACCUCCCGCAAUCCCAGACCGGUCUCCCGCCCCUCCCCACGCCACGAGGAAUCCUCUCUUCCACUAAUCCUGAAUACCUCGACGCAACGAACCCCCGCAAACCAGCCCGCAACGCCCCUCCCCCACUCACACUGACCAAGCCCCUCAGUCCAGCAGCCGCAGGCGCAGCAGGCCUCGAUGGCGGACCCGCAGCCGGACGCAGCCUGCCCCUCCGCGACGCCUACCCGCUGCAGAGCGCGCCGGCCACCAAGCUGACCGUCCUCGAGCGGCCCGUCAAACCCCAUGGGGCCCCGCGGACGGGCAUCCCCACCCCGUAUAGCCCCUACAUGCCGUUCACGCCCGUGACGCCGCUAACGCCGAGUCGGAUGGUCACGAAGCGGCAGCGGCGGAAGGAGGGGAGGGAGACGGGGUUGCAUGUGCUGAGGGAGGAUGAUAUGGUGAAGGGGGGUGGGGAUUUGUGGGGGUAUUAGCGGUCUUUUUGGGGGGUGUUGGAUGUUUAGUGUGGAUGGGAGAGGGUCAAUGUUAUGAAUUAUGAGUAUUAUGGGGUGUUCUUUUCCUUGGAGGGUGGAUUGGGAUAUCAAUCGAUCUAUAAAUGCAUGCCUCCCGGGGUAGUGAGAAUAUACAAUAGCUUCCACUAAUUCAUCUUCAGGUUGUUUUAUCUGGACUCGAUCUAGCUAAGAUGCAAAGUUUGAUUUCAAAGUCAAAUUGCAGAAUGUGACUUGAAUUCUCUAUUUGCCGCUAUUAGUAGCGGCAAAUAUAUACCAAAUCUAGAUCACAGUACAGAAGGGAGUCAGAGACGAUAAGUUGCGUGGACGAGCUACGAGAUUAUGGAAUACUUUGUAGCGAGCAAAGACAGUGAAUAAACUUGAUACAACUCUUUGAGAUGG